CAAAGUGGCUGGAAUCCAUGAGAAACUGAAUCCUUGGAGAGUGAGCGCCCUCAGCUGCCUCCCUGCUACUUGGAAGCGCCUCCUUCACACCAGUGGGAGACCAGGUUUGCCAGGUAGAUGGUGCUUGUCCCUGGGAUGAACAGGGAGAAGUGACAUCCCUUGGAUUUCCCCCGGAGAUCCCCAGAACACCCUGGUCUUUAUCUCCCUUGCUGAUGGCACUUGCUGCAGCAGCCCACUAAGGGCUCUUUUCCUCAGGAUCCUGGACUUGUGAGGAGGACUCCAGGCUGGGAAGAUGCUGAGUUCCAUCAAGUGUGUGCUGGUGGGAGACAGUGCAGUGGGGAAGACCUCACUGUUGGUGCGCUUCACUUCGGAGACCUUCCCGGAGGCCUACAAGCCCACAGUGUAUGAGAACACGGGUGUGGAUGUCUUCAUGGAUGGCAUCCAGAUCAGCCUGGGCCUCUGGGACACAGCUGGGAAUGAUGCUUUCAGGAGCAUUCGCCCCCUGUCCUACCAGCAGGCAGAUGUGGUACUGAUGUGCUACUCCGUGGCCAACCAUACCUCCUUCCUGAACUUGAAGAACAAGUGGAUUGGUGAAAUCCGGAGCAACCUGCCCUGCACCCCAGUGCUGGUGGUGGCCACCCAGACUGACCAGCGGGAGGUGGGGCCCCACAGGGCCUCCUGCAUCAAUGCCCUGGAUGGCAAGAGGUUGGCCCAGGACGUGCGAGCCAAGGGCUACCUGGAGUGCUCAGCCCUCAGCAACCGAGGUGUCCAGCAGGUAUUUGAGUGUGCCGUCCGGACUGCUGUCAACCAGGCCAGGCGGCAAAACAGACGGAGGCUCUUCUCCAUUAAUCAGUGCAAGAUCUUCUAAUGCCCGAGACCCUUCAGCUGACGCUCAUGAGCUCGCCCCAGGGGUGGACUUGUGGAGAGAUGGGAACAGGCAGGCGGCUUGUGGUGUGUUCCACACAGCCCGUGCUUUUGGGUACAGAUGCUGAUGAGGCUGGAUGAUAUUUUCACUAACUACUCCUACAGGUGGACUCCUGGCCCAGUACCAUCAGAGAACUCCUUUGAGAAGCUGUAAUGAAUAUUCCAUCUUUAAUUAAGAAACUAAAAUGGCUCCAUAGUUUUGGACAGUGAAGUGCAUUUCCCAAAUACUCCAUAUUUAAAGACACAUUUUAUUUAAAUAAUUACAAAAUGUCUCGCUCUUGUAUAUAAUUAGUUUUUGCACUUGGAAAGACUUUUCCUACAUACUUGCAAACAAAUUGUUGUCUGAGGGAUGUGACUCUGUGGGGUUUUGCAUUAUGUGUAUAGUGUUAUUAUUUUCCCCCAAAAUGGGAAUUUGGUCGAAACCACUUGCCUGCUGGAUUUUUCUAGGAAAGCAAAUUUUAAAAUGACCAUGAACUGUUCCUUGCAAUUCACUGUCACUUACCUGUUAUUCAGGAUUUUAUAUAUAAUACAGUUCAAUAACAUAUCUUAAUGCUUUCCAAUGAUUUUAAACAGUUACUGCUAUAUUUCUCUGUAAUUAUAAAAAAGCAUUUCUGCUUUAUGAUAUUACCUUUUAACAAAAGAACUUCAGUUGCACACUAAGUAUUUCUCUCUCAUUCACCAAGACAAUUGAAAGAAAAACUUUUCAGAGGAAGUCACACUGCCCUAAGCAAUAGCAGCAGACCUGGGAACAGAGGUGAGGAAAUGUCACCGUCACAUUAGGGGCCACUGCUUCUUGCCUGCUCUUACUGUGAGGUGGUUCUUCAUGGUUGCUGGUCUCGUGAAAGAGGGCUGCAUAGCGUGUUCUCAUUGCAACUCUAAACUGGCAGGCGUGACAAUGUAACUUAUUAGUCUGAGGAUCUAAUCAGAAUAAUUAGCAAGGUGCCUACAUUUAUAUGUGUGUAAGGGGAAAUAGGUAGAAUUUAUAUAUUUUUAAUCUGAUGAAUAUAAAGCAUCUGAGUGAAAAACAAAAAUCACUAAUCCCAAGCACAGGGAACAGGAAAGCUGUGUAGAAACUACUAGCUAACAAGUUAUCAGAGAAAUAAUAAAUACACACACGCACACACACACACACACACACACACACACACCCCUCAAACCUCAUUCUAUCUAGUUGCUUAAACCCAAUGAUGUCUCUCAUCUGCCAAAGUUGAGAAGAGAGGACUGUGUACUCCGAGAAGAAAUUGGGAAGAGAUACCAUUUAUUACCCCCAGAUAUAUCAUUUACUCCCCCAAAUAAAACCUAGAACCCCUUGAGCCCCAUUUGGGAAAGCACUCCAUCAUUCUGGGGUAACGUGGCAUUUACACCUACAUUACACAUAGAAGGAGAGGCAGCUGGCAGAAACGACCAAGUCAGUUUUUCAGAUUCCUUAUUUGAUCAAUUCUUUACAGUUAUAUUAGUGUCAAAAAUCAGAUUUGUGCUCACCCCAUACUCCUUUCUUUUCUUCUCACCCACAUGAAGUAAAAGGCCUGGGAUCUGGGUCUUAGUCUCUGGGGGGAGGCUUGUUUGGAUUCUCUAGGGUUGAUGGCUCAGCCACUAGCUGGUAUCUCAGACCUUACAGUCCCCUGACCUGUCCUUGCCUCUGUGUCAUCUGUGUCCCUUGACUCGAGAGCCUCACCUCCACUUCUCAGCACUGGCAUCCUCAGGGUUGGAGAGCUGACGGGGCAGGGGGCAGAUGGGGCUCAUGUCCCUGACAUCCCUGCUGUCCUCUCCCUGUUCCCCUACACACGGAAGGUCUUUAACAAAGAAUGCAAUUUCAAGACCAGCCUUUGCAGUGUGUGUGCAUGCAUGUGUGUGUGUGUAGGGGGUGUGUUGAGCAUGUUAGAGUUUCUGCUUAUUAAAACCAAGCGUCCCUUGUGGUUUUUCCCCUUCUUGUUGGUGGGGAAUGCAUAUCCGAACGUGGGAAGGGCCAAGGUACCUGGUUCAAGAGGUCCCUUCCAUGUAUGAAGCCAGGGAGGAAGGGAAGGCCAGAGAGGGCACAGUCACAUGGCUUUGCCACCACCUGAGCAAGGACACACAGAUGAGACUGUGCCUAUUUCCAGGAGCCAAGCUCGAACCUGAGGCUGAGCGUCUAUAUGUGAACCCUUCCCAGUGGAGACCUGGUAGGAAUUGGGCCAGUCAGUGUCUGUCUCCCUGAGGGACUCUGUGCUCUUAAAGGCAGUGCCAGCUCCUAGCCACCUCCGCAUGCCCAGGGCCAGCACAGGGAAGGAAUCCAAUUGCUUUGACUUGAGCUGGAGAAGAGAAAUUGGGCUUCUGUGCUGCAAAGUGGUUAUAGGAAGGGCACAGACCCUCACCAUCUUGAAAGGGUAAGAAGUGAAAAUCGAUCUCUUUUUCCAAAUUGUUGGUAUUCACGUACUGUAUGUCCUACCCGAGCAUAUGUUAUUUUUGCCUGCCUAGACCAACGCAUAUAUUUCUUUCUCUUCAAUAUUUGUGGUACCUUUUUAUUGAGUAUUGUAUGUCUGUUCUUAGCUCUUCUGAGUAGCAAAAUUAAAUAUGCUCUUGUUUAAA